AUGACCUGUCCUUUCAGCAACCCGAGAAACCUCUUCGACGACCUCGCUACAGCCCGGGAAACACCAAGUAUAGAAUACAGCGAGAAAUUAGGAGGUUAUGUGAUCUCUCGGUACGAUGACAUAGUCUCAGUUCUCGAUAACCCGAGCGCAUUCAGCUCAAGGCCCACUGUACCUGAUUUCCCACCACAAGUCAAGCGAAUCUUCGCAAAUAAGGUCCCAGAAAGGGGAACUUUGCUCGCGUAUGACAAUCCUGACCAUGAUAGGUUGAGAAAGAGCGUAGCAUCGUUCUUCGUGCCUAGGAGACUAGAACGCUUUGAACCGUUAUUACGAGCCACAGCCCAUGAUCUGAUAGAUGGGUUUGUGGAAAAAGGUUGUGUCGAUAUCAAGAGCAACUUUGCACUCCCGCUACCUUUGCGGACUAUCGUUAUAGUUGCUGGUCUUGACCCAUCGCGAUGGCAAUGGAUCGGAAGAUGUCUCGCGCUAUUUGGAGGAAUUACCCAGACGAACGAGGAGUUGAGUAUUCAGCAACGAGUUCAAGAUGUCUUGGAUCUCCACGAAUACGUCGCCAAAGUCAUCGAAGAGCGCAGGACAGAUCGAAGAGAUGAUCUUAUCAGUCAUAUCUGGAAUGAAAGAGAUGCUGGAGUCGUGGAGAUGACAGACUAUGAGCAUCUCAGCAUGAUUCCAGGACUGCUCUUAGCAGGACAUGAAACAACCACCAACCUCCUCUCAAUGGGCAUAUCACAUUUACUGCACCACGAUCUAUGGGACGCCGCCACAGAAAAUGAAGAAUCAAGAAAGACUGCGAUUGAAGAACUUCUUCGAUACGAGUCUGCCAUCACAGGAAUGGAACGCCUUGUUAAAGUAGAGUCAAAGAUCGGAGAUCAUAUUGUCCAGCCUGGCGAGAAACUCUUUGUUGCAUAUAACUCUGGAAGUCGAGACAGCACAAAAUUUGACACUCCAGACAGGCUGGACUUCAAAAGACAGCAUAAGCACCAGCAUCUUGGCUUUGGACGCGGCAUUCAUGCUUGUCUCGGUGCGCCUUUUGCAAGGCUUCUUCUUCGAACUGAACUUGCAGUGCUUAGACAGCGCCUACCGAAUUUGAGGCUGAAAACACCAUACAAAGAGAUUCAAUACUGCAGGGUUCAUUCUGGUCGUGGGCCAGAAAAAGUUGAGAUUGAAUGGGAUGUACCAUCUUUGGAAGAGAUGCGCGUUAACGUUGGCCAAGCCAAUGCCAACUCCACGCUUCGGGCUUCUGCAAAGACGGAGGAACUGGAGAUGGUCGUUAGAAAUGUCGAAAAUGUUACAAAAAGGAUAGUUCGCCUGACGCUCUGUCCCAAAGAUGGUGGGAGGGUACCGAAGUGGUCUCCUGGAUCACAUAUCGACGUUCAAGCUGGCAGUAUUGGCUAUCGUCAAUACUCCAUCUGUUCAAAGCCUUCUGACGAUCAGCACAUACAGAUAGCGGUACUUCGAGAGAACGAUACUGGUGCCUCAAAUUGGAUCCAUGACAACGCGGCUAAGGGAAGCCAAAUCUCAGUUCGAGGACCACGCAACCAUUUCAAUCUCGAGUUUGGGUCCCGCAAGACCAUCUUCAUCGCUGGUGGUAUCGGAAUCACUCCGAUAAUACCGAUGGCUGAAGCUGCUAAAAAGGCUGGUGUUGACUACUCCAUUUUGUACCUCGGACGAUCGAAGAGCAACCUCGCAUUUGUGGAUGAGUUGACGAAAAAGCAUGGAGAUCGCUUCAAGCUUUGGGUCAGCCAAGAUCAAGGCGGUAGAAGGUUUGACUUGAAAUCAUUCCUGAAACAAGAAGAUCUCAGCGACCUUCGGGUAUACUGUUGCGGACCAGAAGCCCUCCUCACAGGGGUCGAAGAAGCCCUGGCAGACGCACCGUCCGGAGUCCUGAGACUCGAACGCUUUGCCGCACAUGACACUGGAAACACGAAGCCAAAUACUUCAUUCGAUAUCGUGUUAACUCGAAGCAACAGAACGCUAAGAGUGCCCGAGGACAAAUCCGUUCUGGAGGUGAUCAACGAAGCAGGCGCUGGAGUGCUGUCAACGUGUAGUACUGGAGUGUGUGGAACUUGUGAAGUGAGAGUUCUUGAUGGGCUUAUUGAUCAUAGAGAUGUUGUUCUUACGCAUUCUGAGAAAGCGGAGGGAAAGAGUAUGAUGCCGUGCGUUUCGAGAUGUCUGGGGAAGAAGUUGACAUUGGACCUUUGGUGA